AGUACAACAUGGGAAAGCAGAGUAGCAAACUGAAGCCACAGACUAUAGCAGACCUCAGAAAACAAACGGAUUUCACCGAAAAAGAAAUACAGCAGUGGUACCAAGACUUUAUAAAAGAUUGGCCUAAGGGUUACCUCACACUUGACGAGUUUGAAAAAAUGUACAUCGGGUUCUUCCCGAAAGGAGAUGCCUCAAAAUUUGCCAGACAUGUUUUUCGAGCUUUCGAUGUAAAUGAUGAUGGUCACGUCGAUUUUCGGGAAUUUAUUUGCGGAUUCAGUGCUACACUCCGAGGUACAGUGGAACAGAAGUUGAAGUGGGCUUUCAAAAUUUACGACGCGGACAAAAAUGGAUUCAUUUCCAAAAGUGAAAUGAAGGAUAUUAUUUCAGCAAUACACAGAAUUGCUGGUACCAUGACAGACACUGGAAAUGAACAAUCUAUCCAACAGAAGAUAGAGCAAGUUUUCCAGCAAAUGGAUAAAAAUCACGACGAACAAAUAUCCCUCGACGAAUUUUUAGAAUCUGCUUCUAAAGACAUAAGUUUGGUAACUGUGCUUGAGCUAGAUCACGAUAUCUAA